AUGCAACAGAAGAUCAAGGCGGUCCUGCGCGGCUCACGUCGCAGCAAAUCUCCUUCGUCUUCAUCACCACGCCAAUCCUACGAGUCCUCGGAAGCAUCCAGUCCACGUACUGAGCGACAUUCUACCCCUACGGAUGGGCGCGCUCGAGAAUCUUUGCAUCACCACAAUGGGCCUUCGAUUGCCAGCCAUAGCAACCCACCCGUGAGCGCCGGUCACUACGAUCAACAUGGUAAUGGCAUAACAACAUUGCACUCUUCCAAAAUCCACAACACCCGUCCACAGCCCACAACAUCUUCAACAACUUCUGUCGACCCUUCCAUUGCCAAAGAUUAUCAUGCCUAUCUACCCGCCUUACAUCACAUUGGACAAAGCGACAGCAGGCAACACGUCAAUGGGGAACAUCAUGUGCCUGAUCGCUAUAAUACCAGGAAAAGGUCUUCACUCGAUUCCGGCCGAGAUAAACCUCUCCCAAAAGCACCAGCAUCCUUCAAUUCGACACAAGGACGAGCUAGGGGGCCAUCCAUUGGUUCCAGUGGCAUAAGUGAUCUGCAUAACGGCAACGUACAGGAUUGGAGAGCGAAGCAAGCAGCUCUCCUGAAUGGUGUAGUAAAUUUGCAAGACACUGUCGAUGUGGAGAAGGAAACGACGGUCGCAGCACCUGUCGUACACGAAGUCAUCAAGCCCCACGAGCACGAAAUCAUACAGCACGAGAUUCAUCGCGAAAUUCACAACUACUCGUACUACCACCGUUUACAGCCAGUCUUGCACACGGAAGUGCUGCCACCGCGCCACUUCAUUCCCAAUCCGAACGGCGAGGGGCUCAUUGAGAUCACCGCUGACGAACUGCCGUCACGUACAGGCGAGAACAGGUGGUGGGAGAUUAUGCAAAAACAGAUACCACAAAGCUACGAGGCUCAGUCGAGAUGGCGUACGGAACCCGAGGUCAUCCAUGGUAAAUCGUACAUCACAGACGAGGGUUUUGAGCGCAAGGAGACGACCAUCAUCUAUCCGCCGGCUUUGGAAGACAUGACUGAUUACGAGGGCGUUGUACAACCAGUUCACUUCGACCACAAAACAGGUGAGCGCUGGUUGGGAGAGGUGACGACCAUGGCGAAACUUAGGGAUCAACACGAGCAUGACGCACUUGCGAUGAAGGAAUUGACAGAAAGCCUACCAGAGGUUCCCGAUAGCCCUUCUGUGAAGCGCAAGCCAAUUGGAAUGGCACUGUGA